AUGGGCUCCUCCGCGUCCAAACCAGCACGAUCAGCUGCUGCGGCAGCCACACGUCGCCAGUAUCCCAAGCAAGCGAGUGUUUCACCUCCUACAGCCCCGAAAACGAGAUCGAGUCCCCAGCCUCGUCCGGCCACCAGGCCAGGGCCGACGUACCAUUCGACCGAGCAGGCCUCGAGCACGAAGUCUAAGGCAAUCGAUCUUGACGGACGAGACCCUGACUUCGCCGCCUCCCUCCGCUCGAUCGGUCCUGUCACGCCCGUCCCGACGCUGUCGAACUCGAGCAUCUUCAAUCGAGAUCCUCAUAGCCUGAACCGAAGCCAGAACCAAACCCAUAAUCACUACCAACCGGCUGUUUUCCCCUCGCCAUCGAAUCCAGCGUUAUUAGUUGUCACGGCGCGGCAACGCCUCACACAAGCGGCUGAGCGCGAGGCCGAAGCCUUCGGCCGACAGAGCCAUGCAGGACGAGAGUUCCUAGAUAUCCUUACCAUUCGACAGGCCCUAUCAAUGCGAGACAGCCAGGGAGUCCCUGAGGCGGAAGUCGAGAAGGUGUUGCGAUUGAAGAAGGGGGUACUCUCGCGGUUGGGGAGGGGCGUUGUCUCUGAGAUUGGAUAA